GGGAGCAGGGACUGCAGGCGGGUCCCGGGCGACGUCUUGUCCGAGGGGCUCCCGGGGCCACCGGGCAGGAGCAUCCCGGGGGCGCCCCGCCGCCGCCGCGUCCUCGCAGCCAUGAGCAGCCAGCAGGAUAAAUCAGCCAGCAAAGGAAAACCCAAGAUACCAGUAAGGUUUUUACCACAGUUAUCUACGGAUAAAUCAGCCAGCAAAGAAAAAUCCAAGACACCAGUAAGAGUUUUACCACAGUUGGCUGCGGUGAGUACAAAGCCCCAGUGGCAGCAGGCAGCUCCGUCAUUCCAUUUGAGUAUAAAGCAGGACAGUGAUAUUCCAGAACAGUUUAGUAUUAAAAAUGAACAGUCAUAUGCUGAAUACAUGGAACACGUUGGAAAAAGGGGCAAAUUACUAGACCAAGUUGAUGACAGUUGUGCUGGACCAUCUACUUCCAAAUCAAAGAGCAAAUCUCCACAUAAAGAACGAGAAAACUUUAGAAGCACUCUUGUUAAUGUCAUUAUGCAACAAGAUGCUGUCUUAAACUCACCUACCCCUGAUGAAAGCCCAUUUUCAAAGCAGACCACCUCUGCAAUAGAGAAAGACAUCUUGAGAUAUUACUAUUACAUUCACCAUGGAAUUGAUACGGACCAUGUAGCCCCAAUGGAAGAUUCUUGGCUAGAGAAUGUAUUGAAUUUAGUUCCCCAACAUCUGAAAGUCCUCACUAACAGCAUACUUGUACUAUCUGAUGAAAUGAGAGAAGAUUACCUUCUUAGUGUAAAAAAAUCCAUAGUUGAUUUUGUUUUAAAAGAUCCUAGAGAAAAAGAAGAUGAUAAACAGGCAGGUGAACUUCUACCCCAUCGGGCUGAGAUGGAAAUUCUUCCAAAACCUUGGAGGAAAUCUUUUCUGUCUGCAAGCAGUUAUAUUAGGGAUCACCUGAACGCAAUGAACCCUACGAUGCUGGCUGUGCUGGAUUUGUGGCACGGUACUUUUAAAAAAUUGCGUUUAGUGGAUGUAGAAGAAUUUCACAAUCGCCAGGAGGCAUUAGAGCUGGCGACCUUUCAGAGCAUUGUCAUGAGACACAUGGAAUCUACCAAAGAGACUCUACUUAAAUUAUGGUUUCCAGAAGUGCAGAAUAUUUAUUACCAAGGUAAUAAAAAAAAGCAGUUGCCAACUGGUGACAACAGUGCCAAACUAGAAUCUUUUUUCAACUGCGCUGCUACACUUAUGACUUUACAACUGCAGGACCUUGCUUUGGUCUCCAUGCAAGAUUUCACAGACUUAAUUGCACAACCCCCAGAUUCUGUUAGAGCUUUUGAACAUGCAGGUUUCGUCAUGAGGCUGAUUCUUGAUAAUAACACCAUUAAGUUUGAACCUGAGUUCAACGACUAUAUAGAAAUUUUUCUAAAUGUUUAUGAUGUCAUGAUUAAGGCUGUCAGUUUUGUGCCAAGAGUUGAGACAAAAUUGUAUUCCAAGUGGGAAAGUAAGUCUAAACCAACAACCUUGAAGCCAAUAAUUCUCAGUGAAAUUGUUGAUGCUCACAAAAAAAAGGUGAGGGAAGUGACAAUGAGAGAGAGCGUGGCACCUACCGAGCACCGCAGACUCUAUGACAAGUAUGACUUUUUGGUUACCAAAAAGGCUGAGCAAGAUGCUGAUGCUUUCCUCGCAGAAAAUCAUAAUUACGAGAAAAUAAUACAGGAAAUUCGCAAAUACCAAAAACUAAUAGAGGAAAUACAGUAUACAUCCAGAAAGACUGUUCGUUUAGGAAUGUUUGAAAUGCGCUGUGAGGAAUUAAUCAGAGCUUUGGUGAAGCGAGCAGACGUUAUCUGUGGAAAACUUAUCGCUAAAAUGUUCAGAGAUCAUCAGGAAGUAAAUACAAGAUUAUGUGAUGAAUUUGAGAAGAUAGCUGAAAAAGCUCUUAGCACUCCUCCAAAUACAGCAGAACUGAUGGAAAUGAAGGCUUAUAUUCAGAAAGUAGAGACAACUGAUAUGAUUGAACUGGGACAGAGAUUGGUGGAUUCUAAAAACUGCCUUGCCUUCCUCAUUGAGUGUGCCAACUUUUCUCCAGCAGACAUUAGGCUAAAUAAUAAUGUUUUCCAGUGGUAUGGAAGAAUGGAAGAAAUUUUUGAUGAACACAGGAAAAUUGUUAAAGAGAAAACAGAGCAAUAUCAAGAAGGUCUUAAGCUGCGGUGUGAACGAUUUGUGGAGGAACUGGAGAGUUAUGCCAAGCAGUCGGAAGAGUUUUACUCACUUGGGGAUCUUCAGGAUGUACAGCGGUACCUGAAAAAGGCCCAAACGCUGAAUGCAAAGUUGGAUUUAGCAGCAGACAAGAUUGAGCAGUUUAAUGCUGAAGAGGAGGCAUUUGGUUGGCUACCAUCAAUAUAUCCUCAGCGGAAAAAAAUCCAAGAUGGCUUGAACCCUUAUCUUCGUCUCUAUGAAACUGCUGUUGAAUUUAGCAACAAAUAUAGAGGCUGGACAGAAGGACCAUAUCACAAAGUGAAUCCAGACCAAGUAGAAACAGAUGUUGGAAAUUACUGGAGAGGACUAUAUAAACUGGAGAAAACCUUCCAUGAUUCUCCAAAUGCACUGGCAAUGACAAAAAAAGUGAGAGCGAAAGUGGAAGAUUUCAAGCAGCACAUUCCUCUCAUUCAAGUGAUCUGUAAUCCUGGUUUGCGCCCCAGGCACUGGGAGGCCAUGUCCAACAUUGUGGGUUACCCUCUGCAGCCAGCAGAAGACUCCACCAUCUUCUCUUUUUUGGACAUGGAUCUGGAACCGUAUCUAGAUAGGUUUGAAGGUAUUAGUGAAGCAGCUAGCAAAGAAUAUUCUCUCGAAAAGGCCAUGGAGAAGAUGAUUAAUGAAUGGGAUGCGAUGGAAUUUGUCAUUCUUCCUUAUAGAGAAACUGGGACAUUUAUUUUGUCAUCAGUUGACGAAAUUCAGAUGUUGUUGGAUGACCACAUUAUUAAGGCACAGACUAUGCGAGGAUCUCCAUUCAUUAAGCCUUACGAAAAACAAAUGAGAGAAUGGGAGGGCAAACUCCUGCUGCUUCAGGAAAUUCUAGAUGAAUGGCUCAAGGUCCAAGCCACGUGGCUGUAUUUGGAGCCCAUUUUCAGUUCUCCGGACAUUAUGUCUCAAAUGCCUGAGGAAGGCAGACGAUUUACAACUGUGGAUAAAACGUGGAGAGAUAUAAUGAAAAAUGUCACACAAGAUAAACAUGUUCUGACAGUUGUAACUAUUGAGAGAAUGCUGGAAAGGCUGAAAAAAUCUAAUGAACUUUUGGAACUCAUUCUUAAAGGACUUAAUGAAUAUUUGGAAAAGAAACGUCUCUUCUUCCCCAGAUUCUUUUUCUUGUCUAAUGAUGAACUUCUUGAGAUUCUGUCUGAGACCAAAGAUCCCACUAGAGUGCAACCUCACUUGAAGAAAUGUUUUGAAGGAAUUGCAAAGGUAGAAUUUACAGAAACUUUAGACAUUACUCACAUGAAGAGUAGUGAAGGAGAGGUUGUGGAACUUGUGGACACCAUUUCAACAGCCAAAGCCAGAGGGCAAGUGGAGAAGUGGUUGGUUGAGUUAGAGAGAACUAUGAUUAAAUCCAUCCACAAGGUAAUUGGAAGUGCAAUUUUUGCCUAUACACAAUAUGAACGAAUUAACUGGGUAAGGGAUUGGCCUGGACAGACAGUUCUCUGUGUGUCCCAAACCUUUUGGACAAUAGAAGUACAAACAGCUAUUUCAGAGGGGCAAGAGGCUCUUGAGCAAUACUUGGAAAAAUGUAACAAACAAAUUGAUGAUAUUGUCACCUUGGUCCGUGGCAAACUGUCCAAGCAGAAUCGCGUUACUCUGGGAGCCCUCGUGGUGCUGGAUGUCCAUGCUAGAGAUGUCCUCACAUCACUUGUUAAAAAACAAGUUAAUGAUGACUCGGACUUCGAAUGGUUAAGUCAGCUUAGGUACUAUUGGCAAGAAAAUCAUUUAGAAACAAAGAUGAUCAAUGCUGGUUUACGAUAUGGAUAUGAAUAUCUGGGUAAUUCCCCUAGGCUGGUCAUUACUCCCCUCACUGACAGAUGUUACAGAACCCUGUUUGGAGCCCUUCACCUGCACCUUGGAGGAGCCCCUGAGGGGCCAGCGGGCACUGGAAAGACUGAAACUACCAAAGAUUUAGCAAAAGCUGUAGCCAAACAAUGUGUUGUUUUCAACUGCUCAGAUGGGUUGGAUUACCUGGCUUUAGGAAAAUUCUUUAAGGGACUGUUAUCUUGUGGUGCCUGGGCAUGCUUUGAUGAGUUUAACAGAAUUGAUUUGGAAGUACUGUCUGUGGUCGCUCAACAAAUUCUUACUAUCCAAAGAGGUAUUAAUGCAGGUUCUGAUAUGUUAGUGUUUGAAGGAACGGAACUAAAACUUGACCCCACGUGCGCUGUCUUUAUUACCAUGAACCCUGGAUAUGCUGGGCGGUCAGAACUGCCGGAUAAUCUGAAGGCUCUCUUUCGGACAGUAGCAAUGAUGGUGCCUGACUAUGCCAUGAUAGCUGAAAUAGUCCUGUACUCCUGUGGGUUUGUCACAGCCCGGCCACUGUCAGUGAAAAUCGUGGCUACAUAUCGCUUGUGUUCAGAGCAGCUGUCGUCGCAGCAUCACUAUGAUUAUGGAAUGCGAGCUGUGAAGUCGGUGCUUACUGCUGCUGGGAAUCUGAAGCUGAAAUACCCAAAUGAAAAUGAAGAAAUCUUGCUGCUUAGAUCUAUUAUUGAUGUAAAUCUGCCAAAAUUUUUGUCUCAUGAUUUACCGCUCUUUGAGGGAAUUACUUCAGAUUUGUUUCCUGGGGUGAAAUUACCCAAACCAGAUUACAAUGAUUUGCUGGCAGCUAUCAAAGAUAACUGUGACUCCAUGAAUUUGCAAAUGACCAGAUUCUUUUCUGAGAAGAUUCUUCAAAUAUAUGAAAUGAUGAUUGUGCGUCAUGGUUUUAUGAUUGUUGGAGAACCGUUUGGAGGAAAAACCAGCGCAUAUCGUGUCUUAGCCGGAGCACUAAAUGAUAUAUGUGAAAAGGGGUUAAUGGAAGAAAACAAGGUUCAAAUUACUGUUUUAAAUCCUAAGUCUGUCACCAUGGGCCAGCUGUACGGACAGUUUGAUUUGGUGUCCCACGAGUGGUCUGAUGGGAUCCUCGCCGUCAGUUUUAGAGCGUUUGCUUCUUCAGCGACUCCAGAUAGGAAGUGGUUAAUUUUCGAUGGACCAGUAGAUGCAGUGUGGAUUGAGAAUAUGAAUACAGUGCUGGAUGACAACAAAAAGCUGUGUCUGAUGAGCGGGGAGAUUAUUCAAAUGUCACCACAAAUGAAUCUUAUUUUUGAACCAAUGGAUUUGGAAGUUGCUUCUCCUGCCACUGUUUCUAGGUGUGGUAUGAUUUACAUGGAGCCUCACAUGUUGGGCUGGAGACCACUGAUGUUGUCUUGGAUAAAUCUUCUACCUCCUGCAGUCAGUAUUAUUCAGAAGGAAUUUAUAAUAAGCUUAUUUGACAGAUUUGUCCCUGUUUCUGUCGAAUUUAUCAGAAAGCAUACGAAGGAAUUAUCUCCUACUUCAGAUACAAACUUAGUCCGAUCCUUAAUGAACCUAAUUGACUGUUUUAUGGAUGACUUUGCUGAUGAUGUCAAAGUAAGAGGCAGAAAUGAUCGAGAAACGUACUCUUUACUUGAGGGCAUUUUUCUGUUUUCAUUGAUUUGGUCCAUCGGUGCUUCUUGUAAAGAUGAUGAUCGGCUGAAAUUUGAUAAGAUUCUUCGAGAACUAAUGGAAGGCCCAAUUUCAGAACUCACGCAAAAUAAGUUUAAAUUACUGAGUGGCACUGAACAAACAUCUUCGAAAGCACUAACUGUCCCAUUUCCUGAAAAAGGAACAAUUUAUGAUUAUCAGUUUGUCACUGAGGGAAUAGGAAAAUGGGAACCAUGGAUAAAGAAAUUGGCAGAAGCUCCUUCCAUUCCUAAGGAUAUGAUGUUUAAUGAAAUCAUUGUACCCACUCUGGACACAAUUCGAUACUCUGCAUUAAUGGAAUUGUUGACCACCCAUCAAAAGCCUUCAAUAUUUGUAGGACCAACAGGAACUGGAAAGAGUGUUUAUAUUAUUAAUUUUCUUUUAAAUCAACUCAAUAAAGAAAUCUACAAGCCUCUGCUAAUUAACUUCUCAGCACAAACGACAGCAGCUCAAACUCAGAAUAUUAUCAUGUCAAAACUGGACAAAAGGAGAAAGGGAGUUUUUGGUCCUCCUUUGGGCAAGAGAAUGGUUGUCUUUGUAGAUGAUGUCAAUAUGCCUGCUCGGGAGGUAUACGGGGCUCAACCUCCCAUCGAGUUACUUAGACAGUGGUUAGAUCACUGGAAUUGGUAUGACCUGAAAGAUUGUUCCAUGAUUAAACUAGUAGACAUUCAAAUCAUGUGUGCUAUGGGACCUCCAGGUGGUGGUCGAAAUCCAGUAACUCCUCGAUACAUGCGACAUUUUAAUAUUGUAACAAUCAAUGAGUUUAGUGAUAAAUCCAUGUUUACCAUCUUCUCUAGGAUCUUAACCUGGCAUUUAAAAAUUUGUUAUAAGUUUCCAGACGAUUUUCUAGAUUUGACCACACAAAUUGUAAAUGGUACAAUGACUCUGUAUAAAGAAGCAAUGAAAAAUCUCUUGCCUACGCCAGCCAAAUCUCACUACUUGUUCAACCUCCGAGACUUCUCCCGUGUCAUUCAGGGCGUUUGUUUGUCAAGACCAGAAACAGCAGAAACCAAAGAAGUGAUCAAACGUCUUUGGGUUCAUGAGGUCCUUAGAGUGUAUUAUGAUCGCCUUCUGGAUAAUUCAGACAGAAGUUGGCUUAUCAACUACAUUCAAGAAAUUUUGGAACAAUAUAUGCAUGAAGAUUUUCAUGAGCUUUUUCGAAGUUUGGAUUUUAAUAAUGAUGGAAUAGUGGAAGAAGAUGAUUUACGCAGCUUAAUGUUUUGUGAUUUCCAUGAUCCCAAGAGGGAGGAUACCAACUACAGAGAAAUUGCAGAUGUGGAUAAUCUUCGAGUGAUAGUAGAAGCUCACCUGGAAGAAUACAACAACAUAAGCAAAAAAACCAUGAACCUUGUCUUAUUCCGAUUUGCCAUAGAACACAUCAGCAGAAUUUCCAGGAUCCUGAAGCAGCCUCGCAGCCAUGCUCUUCUGGUUGGUGUUGGAGGGAGUGGAAGGCAGUCUGUCACUAGAUUAGCUGCCCACAUGGCUGAUUAUUCAGUUUUCCAGGUUGAAAUCACCAAGGGCUAUGGUACCGCUGAGUGGCGUGAAGAUUUAAAAGUGAUCUUAAGGAAGUGUGCUGAAGGUGAGGUGCAGGGAGUCUUCCUGUUUACAGAUACUCAGAUUAAAAGGGAGUCAUUUCUAGAAGAUGUCAACAAUCUGCUAAAUGCUGGGGAGAUUCCAAAUCUCUUCGCAGUAGAUGAGAAGCAGGAAAUAUGUGAAAAGAUGCGUCAGUUGGAUCGCCAACGGGAUAAAACCAAACAAACAGACGGAAGCCCCAUAGCUCUUUUCAACAUGUUUAUUGAUCGCUGCCGCAACCAACUGCAUGUUGUGCUCGCCAUGAGUCCCAUUGGAGAUGCAUUUCGGAUUCGACUUAGAAAGUUCCCUGCUCUUGUUAACUGCUGUACCAUUGACUGGUUUCAGCUGGAGAUGAAGAGGGAAAUGAAACACAGAAGUCUUCUGCUCUCCUUAAGCUUACUUUCUGCAGACAAACAAAUUAGCAAAAAUGAAGUAAUGAAAAUGAAGAAGAGGUACGAAGUGGGUUUGGAUAAACUGGAUUCUGCUGCAUCUCAGGUCGCCAUGAUGCAAGUAGAGCUGGAGGCUUUGCACCCUCAGUUAAAAGUUGCCAGCAAAGAGGUCGAUGAGAUGAUGGUGAUCAUCGAGAAGGAGUCUGUAGAAGUUGCCAAAACUGAAAAAAUAGUGAAGGCUGAUGAAACAAUAGCAAAUGAGCAAGCGAUGGCUGCCAAAGCCAUCAAAGACGAAUGUGACGCUGACCUGGCGGGGGCCUUGCCGAUAUUAGAGUCCGCGCUCACCGCCCUGGACACUCUCACCGCACAGGACAUUACUGUGGUAAAAUCCAUGAAGAGUCCUCCCGCUGGCGUCAAGCUCGUCAUGGAAGCCAUAUGCAUCUUGAAAGGCAUCAAAGCAGACAAAAUCCCAGACCCCACAGGUUCAGGCAAAAAAAUAGAGGAUUUCUGGGGUCCAGCUAAGAGACUUCUUGGUGACAUUAGGUUUCUACAGUCACUUCAUGAGUAUGACAAGGACAAUAUUCCUCCAGCUUAUAUGAAUAUCAUAAGAAAAAAUUAUAUUCCAAAUCCAGAUUUUGUUCCAGAAAAGAUUAGAAAUGCUUCCACAGCAGCUGAAGGUCUGUGCAAAUGGGUCAUAGCAAUGGAUUCGUAUGAUAGAGUGGCAAAAAUAGUGGCUCCCAAAAAGAUAAAACUGGCUUCAGCUGAAGGGGAGCUCAAAAUUGCCAUGGAUGGGCUUAGGAAGAAGCAGGCAGCCCUGCGGGAGGUUCAGGACAAGCUGGCCAGGCUCCAGGACACGCUCGAACUCAACAAACAAAAGAAGGCUGACUUGGAAAACCAGGUUGACUUGUGCAGCAAAAAGUUGGAGCGAGCUGAGCAGUUGAUUGGAGGCCUUGGGGGUGAGAAAACGCGGUGGAGCCAAUCCGCCCUGGAGUUGGGGCAGCUGUACAUCAACCUGACAGGUGACAUCCUCAUUUCCUCUGGAGUUGUCGCCUACCUGGGAGCCUUUACGUCGAACUAUCGACAGAACCAAACCAAGGAAUGGACAAAUUUGUGCAAAGGAAGAGAUAUCCCCUGUUCUGAUGAUUAUUCCCUUAUGGGGAUCCUGGGAGAAGCAGUGACAAUUCGAGCCUGGAAUAUUGCUGGGUUACCUUCCGACUCAUUUUCCAUUGAUAAUGGGAUCAUCAUAAUGAAUGCAAGAAGGUGGCCUCUGAUGAUAGAUCCUCAAGGCCAGGCUAAUAAAUGGGUCAAGAAUAUGGAAAAAGCCAAUAGUCUCCAUCUAAUUAAAUUAAGUGAUCCUGACUAUGCCAGAACUCUGGAAAAUUGCAUCCAGUUUGGUACCCCUGUGUUGCUAGAAAAUGUUGGAGAAGAACUGGAUCCAAUCCUGGAACCUCUUCUACUAAAACAGACCUUUAAGCAGGGUGGGACUACGUGUAUCCGACUUGGAGAUUCCACCAUUGAGUAUGCACCAGACUUCCGCUUCUAUAUUACUACAAAGCUAAGAAAUCCUCAUUAUCUUCCCGAAACAUCAGUAAAGGUAACAUUAUUAAACUUCAUGAUAACUUCUGAGGGAAUGCAAGAUCAGCUUUUGGGAAUUGUGGUGGCACGAGAAAGGCCCGACCUUGAAGAAGAAAAGCAAGCCUUAAUAUUACAAGGAGCUGAAAACAAAAGGCAGUUAAAAGAAAUAGAAGACAAGAUUUUAGAAGUUCUUUCAUCUUCAGAAGGCAAUAUAUUAGAAGAUGAAACUGCUAUUAAGAUAUUAUCUUCCUCCAAGGCUUUGGCUAAUGAGAUUUCUCAAAAGCAGGAAGUAGCCGAAGAGACAGAGAAAAAGAUUGAUACCACCCGCAUGGGCUAUCGUCCUAUUGCCAUCCAUUCCACCAUCCUGUUUUUUUCUAUUGCUGAUUUAGCCAACAUCGAGCCCAUGUACCAAUACUCACUGACUUGGUUUAUUAACCUUUUUAUCCUGUCUAUUGAAAAUUCAGAGAAAUCAGAUGUUUUAGCAAAAAGGCUUCAAAUUCUCAAGGAUCACUUUACUUAUUCCCUUUAUGUUAAUGUCUGCCGGUCACUCUUUGAAAAAGAUAAACUCCUGUUUUCCUUUUGUCUCACUGUGAAUCUGCUGAUACACGAGCGUGCGAUUAAUAAAGCCGAGUGGAGGUUUCUGCUAACUGGUGGCAUUGGACUGGAUAAUCCUCAUGCCAACCCUUGUACAUGGCUUCCUCAAAAAUCCUGGGAUGAAAUAUGUCGACUGGAUGACUUGCCUGCCUUCAAAGCUAUUCGUAGGGAGUUUAUGCACUUAAAGGAUGGGUGGAAAAAAGUAUACGAUAGUUUGGAACCACAUCAUGAGGUUUUUCCUGACAACUGGGAGGAUAAAGCAAAUGAGUUUCAAAGGAUGCUUAUCAUUCGUUGCUUGAGGCCAGACAAGGUUAUUCCAAUGCUGCAAGAAUUUAUAAUCCACAAGUUGGGGCGCAUGUUCAUUGAACCGCCCCCCUUUGACUUAUCCAAGGCGUUUGGAGACAGUAACUGCUGUGCACCGCUGAUUUUCGUGCUCUCUCCUGGAGCGGAUCCCAUGGCUGCCCUUCUAAAAUUUGCUGAUGACCAGGGAUAUGGGGGAUCAAAACUUAGCUCUUUAUCUCUUGGUCAAGGCCAAGGGCCCAUAGCUAUGAAGAUGUUAGAAAAAGCUAUCAAGGAAGGAACAUGGGUUGUUCUUCAGAACUGUCACCUUGCCACCUCUUGGAUGCCAACCCUCGAGAAAGUUUGUGAGGAGUUAAGCCCAGAAUCAACACAUCCAGAUUUCCGAAUUUGGCUGACAAGUUACCCAUCUCCGAAUUUCCCCGUGUCAGUCCUGCAGAAUGGAGUGAAAAUGACCAAUGAAGCACCGAAAGGUUUACGGGCUAAUAUCAUUCGAUCAUACCUCAUGGACCCGAUCUCUGACCCUGAGUUCUUUGGCAGCUGCAAAAAGCCUGACCUCACCAGGGCCUGUAGUCUGUGGGCUUCCACUGAGGAAGAGGAUGCAGUUGGCAUCUUUCUUUUUGUGAAUCCUCCUGCACAAGAGUCAUGGGUCUGCCCAAAGUUUCAGUCCAAAAGUCCUUUUGUAGAGCUGCCUAACUGGCUUGAAUUAUCUCCUUUGAAAUUUCUCCAAGAUGGUCUGGGACCACACAUUAGAAUUCAUGCUUCUUGCCUCAGGAUGCUUCAGCUGGAACCUCCAAAAUCCUGUAAGGAAGAAUUCAAGAAAUUACUUUAUGGCCUCUGUUUCUUUCAUGCUUUGGUCCAAGAGAGACGGAAAUUUGGACCCCUGGGGUGGAACAUUCCUUAUGAGUUCAAUGAGACUGACCUGAGAAUCAGCGUGCAGCAGCUCCACAUGUUCCUGAACCAGUAUGAGGAACUGCCUUAUGACGCUCUGCGCUACAUGACCGGUGAAUGCAAUUAUGGAGGCAGGGUGACAGACGACUGGGACCGGCGCACGCUGCGCAGUAUUCUAAACAAAUUCUUCAACACAGAAUUAGUUGAAAAUCCAAGCUAUAAAUUCGACUCAAGUGGCAUCUAUUUCGUCCCUCCUUCUGGUGAUCACAAAAGCUACAUCGAACACGCAAAGACUCUGCCGCUGACUCCGGCCCCAGAAAUCUUCGGGAUGAAUGCCAAUGCAGAUAUCACCAAAGAUCAGUCAGAAACUCAACUGCUAUUCGACAACAUUCUUCUCACACAGUCUCGUUCAGCAGAGUCUGGUGCAAAAUCAUCGGAGGAAGUAGUAAAUGAGGUCGCUGGUGACAUCUUGGGUAAACUUCCAAACAACUUUGAUGUUGAGGCUGCAAUGAGGAGAUACCCGACAACUUACACGCAGAGCAUGAACACUGUGCUCGUCCAAGAGAUGGGACGCUUCAAUAAGCUGUUGCAGACCAUAAGAGAAUCAUGCUCCAAUAUUCAGAAAGCAAUCAAGGGGCUUGUCGUGAUGUCUACAGACCUUGAAGAAGUGGUUAGCAGCAUUCUGAAUGUCAAAAUCCCAGGGAUGUGGAUGGGCAGAUCCUACCCCAGCCUGAAGCCCCUCGGGAGCUAUGUAAAUGACUUCCUUGCGAGACUAAAAUUCUUGCAGCAAUGGUACGAGGUCGGCCCUCCUCCAGUCUUUUGGCUGUCUGGCUUCUUCUUCACACAAGCCUUCCUGACCGGUGCCCAGCAGAACUACGCCAGGAAAUAUACCAUCCCCAUUGAUCUUCUUGGGUUUGACUAUGAAGUGAUGGAAGACAAGGAAUAUAAGCAUGCUCCGGAAGAUGGUGUUUUCAUUCAUGGAUUAUUUCUAGAUGGAGCUUCCUGGAAUAGGAAGACCAAGAAACUUGCAGAAUCACAUCCCAAAAUUCUUUAUGAUGCAGUGCCUGUGAUGUGGCUGAAACCCUGUAAGAGGGUAGAUAUUCCAGAACGACCAAGUUACGUUGCUCCGUUGUAUAAGACAAGUGAGCGGAGAGGAACAUUAUCCACCACCGGGCACUCUACGAACUUCGUAAUUGCCAUGACCCUUCCCUCUGACCAACCCAAGGAGCACUGGAUUGGACGCGGUGUAGCACUGUUAUGUCAACUUAACUCAUAAUUAGAAGACGUCGUUUCCCUGUUCCUGUUUCUUAUAGAUGGUUGAGUAGAAAAUAUAUUUUACUUUUUAAACAAUUUAUUUGGCUUAAAUCAAUUUGACUAAAGUUAUACUUAAUUAUAAAUUUAUGUGCAAAUGUAGCCUAUAUUUAAAAUGAUUCAUACCUCAGUGUAAGGAAAUGUUCUGAAGUAAAGACUAG